ACUUAAAUGCAAAGUCUUUUACUCUCAGAGAUGAAUAAUUCAGGGACUCUCAGAAAUCAGACAGGGUCCUGGGCAGUGCUGAGCCUUCCCUUGGGGGUUGGCACACUCCCAUCCCAGCCCUUUUCUUCUCUCCUGGAGGACUUGUGUCCUGAAUUGUCCAUCAGAGCUGUGCCUCUGGGCUGGCACAAAGGAGAUUUCACACAGCUCUUCUCUCAUCAAGAGAAGUGGUGUUAUUAAACAUUAAUCUGUGUGUGAAUUCACCUUCAAGGCAGCACAAGGUGAAACACAGGGCAGAUGGGGAACUGCCUGAGGGACACUGCUGCUUUCCUGGCUCUGCACCAAGCCUCAGAGAGCUGAGCCCUUUUGCCUGUCUCUUCAGCAGAGCAAAGCUGAGUUCUACACAGCACAUGGCCAGAGCUCCUGCUCCUCACACCACCCUCAGCCAACACAACCUAGAGAAAGGAAAUGCAUUUCAGUUUAUUUCUAGGAAAAAUGGGGCAGCUUUGCUCAGAAAGGUCUCUUCUUCCUUUUCUGAUUCUCAGAUUCUAUUUUUAACAGGACCCUCUGCCAUGAAACAGCACAUGUCCAACAGCAGCUCCAUGCCCUAGUUCCUCCUCCCAGCAUUUGCAGACAGGUGGGAGCUGCAGCUCCUGCACUUCUGGCUCUUCCUGGCCAUCUCCCUGGCUGCCCUCCUGGCCAACGGCCUCAUCCUCAGCGCUGUAGCCUGUGACCACCACCUGCACACCCCCAUGGGCUUCUUCCUGCUCAACCUCUCCCUCACAGACCUGGGCUGCAUCUGCACCACUGUCCCCAAAGCCAUGCACAAUUCCCUCUGGCACACCAGGCACAUCUCCUACCAGGGAUGUGCUACCCAGGUCUUUCUGCUGUUCUUCUUCCUUGGAACAGAGUUUUCCCUCCUCACCAUCAUGUGCUACGACCGCUAUGUUGCCAUCUGCAAACCCCUGCACUACGGGACCCUCCUGGGCAGCAGAGCUUGUGCCCACAUGGCAGCAGCUGCCUGGGCCACUGGCUUUCUCAAUGCUCUGCUGCACACACCCAAGUCACCCUCAGGAAUGUGCUCAAGAAAUGCCCUGGCAAAGCAAAUGCCAGUGCCCAGUUGAGAGUGGGAGUGUGCAGGGUUGGGCCAGCAGAACACCAAACCUCCCUAAACUUCUGCCUAAUCCCGACCAUGAGCUCUAAAGCCCAAGCCCUGACCAUGAAGCACCCCCACAGCCCUUGGGAGCAGGGCAAGGACCUGGAGGGCCCAGAGCAGGCCCAGGGGGUUGGCAGAGGAAUGGGAGGUGACCUGGAUCUGCUCAGCCCGUGGCACACAAGGACACAAGGGCUGGCAAUGCUGGCAGGACUCAGCUGUGCCUCAGGAUGCCAAGGGGGCCCAGGGCUGGCAAGGGGCUGCCAGGUCACCUUUGUCCCAGCCCCGCCAGGCAGCAGCAGCCUCGGGCACCAAGAGUCAGGGGAGCCGUCUGUGCACACCCCUGAGAGCUGCCCUAGCUGAGAGUCACUCUCAGGGGCCCUGAGAGGAGGACCCUGGGGAACCUGGUGCAGUCAAGGCACCAUUCUGACCCUGAGCAACCUCAGGGACUCCAGGGACCACUCUGACACUGCCGGGCAUUCUGGAGUUGAAGGGAUCCGCAGACACUCUGCAGCCUCCUGGAAUCAAAGGAACCUCUUGGGACAUGGGGACCAAAGGAACCUGGGACUCAGUGGAGCCUCAGGAAAUUCAGGGACCAUUGUGACACUGGAGAACCACAUGGAAACAAGAGGCCAUCCUGAUGCUCUGGAACCUCCUGGAACCAAGGGGCAAUUGUGUCACUACAAGGACUUCUGGAUCCAAAGGAACACAGGGACACUGUGGAAUCUCCUGGAACCACGGGGCCACUGUGGCAUCCGGGGCCUCAUGGAACAGAAGGAACCCUGAGACAUUUUGGAAGCUCAUGGGAUAAGAAGGGCCAUUGUGACAAUACAGGGCCUCAGGAAUGCUGAAUCAUUUUGGAACCUCAUGGAACCAAGGGGCCAUCGUGACACUGCAGGGUCUCAUGGAAACAAAGAAACCCUGGGAAACUGCAGAACCUCCUGAAUUUAAUGGGCCAUUGUGACUCAGGGCAAUCUCCUUGAGUCAAGGGGCCACUGUGACACUGCCGGGCCUCCUGGAAUCCAAGGGACCCUGGGGCACAGUGGAACCUCCUGAAAUCAAGGGCCCAGUGGGAUUCUGUGUAAGCUCGUGCAAUCAAGUGGCACUGGGACACUGCAGGACCCCAUGGAACCAAAGGAAUGUGGGGACACUGUGGAAUCUCAGGGAGCCAAGGGGCCAUGGUGACAUUGUGGAGCCUCAUGGAACCAAGAAGCCAUUGUGACUCCCCAGAACUCCAUGGAAUCAACCAGAUCCGCUGCCUCCCCCACCCCUGCCGGCUCUGCUACUGCUUGGGCACCUCUGGAGUCAGCGUUUCCUUCGGCAGCACAACUUAUCUCAGACGAGAGAGUUUUCCAGAGUUGGCUUUUCCCCCCUUUCCCACCGUCCCUUCAAAGCCCGGCUCCCCCAGCUCCCUUUGGGGGUGACCCCCCGCCCCUCGCGCUCCCUUUGGGGUCCCACCCGCUCUUUCCCCCCCCGCCGCUUUCCCGCCGUGCCCGUCCCGCUCACCCGACAGGGCGGGACCGAAAGGGCCAGAGCGGGGAGGGGCCGAGCGCUGAUUGGCUGCGGCGGGGUCUCGAAAGGCGGGGCGUGCGCAGAGCGCCAUGUUGUCUGCGGGGCAGCGAUGGCGGCGGAGGUGUGGCUGCGCUCGGAGAGCGGGGUUCUGGGGAUCCCCUCGGGGGCUGCGGGGAGCGCGGUUGUGGGUGGAAAGGCUGGAGGGCUCGGGAGGGUUUAGCCGAGGGGUUCGGGGGUUCCCGAGGGUCAGAGCGCGGGGCCUGCAACCCGCGGGGGGGCGGGAGGGGGAGCCUCUGCCACCGCCCUGGCUGCACUGCGGAGGCGCGCCGGCGAAGCCCUCAUGAGGGAACUACAACUCCCGUGGGCUUCCGCGCAACCCUCCAUUACUCGUCCCACCACAGCGCCCCUGCCGGCCCGGCGGACCGGCCCCAGGGAAACGGGAUCCUUAUGCCCUCCCCGAACCCCAGACACCCCCAACACUCAGCACACAGAGACUCCACAGGGAGGGGGGCCCGGGGAUCCCCUAAAGCCCAGCAGUGAGGUUCAGGAGAUCUCCCAGCCCCCAGGUGAGGGGUCGUGGGGGUGUCCUCCAAAGUCCAGGGGGGAGAUGUACCACAUCGGGGCAAGGGGAUCCCAGUACCCCCAGUAUAGCCCAGUGACCUCCCAGUGCCCCUCAGUACAGCCCAGUAACCCCCUCAGUGACCAGCCACUGUGUCUCAGUGACCUCCCACUGCCCCCCAGUAUGGCCCAGUAACCUCCCAGUGUCUCCCCAUGUGUCCUGGUAAUCUCCCAGUAACUCUCCAGUCCCUCCCAUUGUCCCUCAGAAACCCCUAGUCCCUCCCAGUUUCCCCUGGUUCCCCCCAGUGUGUCCCAGUAUCCCCCAGUAAUCACCCAGUAUCCCUCAAAGCCCCCCAACUGUCUCCAACGUGUCCCCAAAUGCCCUUGGCCUUUCUGUGAGCGUGGGGAAAGGGGGGGUGUUUUUGGGGUCAGAGGGUCCAGGGGGGGCUCCUGGGGUGAGAUGGAGGGUUGGGGACAUCAGGGAUGGGGUUUGGGGACAAUGGGGGCAGUGGGGAAAGGUUUGGGGACAGUGGAAUUGGGGGUGUCAAGGGGGGAAUUGGGGCCAUGGGGA